AUGAACACUAGCCGUGAAUCGCUCAAGCUGUGGCUGUCGGACGUGCUGACGGCCGACGGGGCUUACGGCGCGACCGCUGACCGGCCGGCAGCGUUCGACCCGGACAGAGAUCCGCGGCACGCGUCCCGGCCCAAACAGACGCAGCGGCUGUCGUCGGUCGUGGCGUCCGGGCGGCUGACCGUGCCGGCCGGCAGCGGGUCGCAAGCCGCCACGGACACCCGGCUAACCGUCAAGCUCAAGCCGCCCGUUGAAUUGCUGCGCACCGUGCUCAAGUCCGACCGGCAGUUCCACAACGAGAUGCACGCGUACCAGAAUGUGGUGCCGUUCCUGUUCGAACACCUGCCGGACGGGGCCCGCGGGCCCUCGCUCCCCGUGUUCGUGUACGGCCGCAACGAGUGCGGUGCCCGGUGGUCGGAGGACGUCAUCGUGCUGGAAGACCCGAGGGGCCAAGGUUACGUGCCCGCCCGAACCCCGGAACACGUGGCCGGCGCUGGCAGCGCGCACAUGGACUACGGUCACCUGGCCGUGGCCAUCGCCGCGCUCGGCCGGUUCCACGGCAUGUCGUUCACCGCCAAGCAGAAGAACCCUGUGGCGUUCCGCAAGCUGGUCGGCAACCUGCGCGAGAUCCAGUGGGACGAGGACGGAUGGCUGGUCAAAGGAAACGGGCUCAAGUCGAUGAGCAUGCGUGGCGCCCGGCCACUGAUGGACCAGGACAAGUACCGGGACGGCAAGCUCAAGGGGUUCCUGACCAUGAUUCGGGAGGCGGACCGCAACCUCAAGCUGGCGAUGACGCCCAAGGAACCGUUUGCGGUCAUUUGUCACGGCGACUACUGCAAGCCCAACAUACUGUUCGAGUACGACGACGCCGGACAGCCACGGGACGCCAUGAUCACUGAGUUCACAGCCGUCAGGUACGGUUCACCAGGACUAGACUUGUCCUAUUUCCUGUACAAGAACGCGGACAAAGACGUGCAGGACAACCGGUGGGAAGACCUGCUGGCCGUGUACUUGGAAUCAGUGGCAGCCGUGCUGCCGGCAGACGUCAAGGCGCCCACCGCAGAGCAGCUGCACCACGAGCUUAGGUUUCAUGCGCUAUACGGUUACGCACACCUGUUGUUCGCCGUGCCGAACAUGAUCAACGAUAACCCCCGCGAGCUGUUGGACAUCGACAACGACGACGACAAGACGACCGUCGAAGACCUGCUGGUCGCCCGGAUCGACGCGGCCGACGAGAAGAUCACCGAAAUCCUUUCCGGCACCGUCCGGCACAUCAUCGACCAUGGUUACGCGGAGCAAUACGAGUUCCCUAGUAAUAAUUCCCGUCUGUAG